AUGUACAGUGUCAGUGCCAGAUACUUCUCAAGCAGUGUGGCCCGUUACGGGGCUGGAGCAGCAACUGCUGCUGCUAAGGUUGCUGCUGCUCCUGCAGCAUCAGUUGAUGCGUUGAAAUAUGCGAUGUCGCUCGAACAACCGCAACACGAAUGGUCGAAAGAACAACUGGCCGAGAUUUACCACACUCCGCUGCUGGAACUGGUCCACCAGGCGCAGCUGCAGCACCGCAAGUGGCACGACCCAUCCAAGGUGCAGCUGUGUACGUUGAUGAACAUCAAGGCCGGUGGUUGUUCUGAAGAUUGUAAGUACUGUGCGCAGUCGUCUAGGUACGAUACUGGUGUCGAGGCUGAGAGGAUGGUUUCCGUUGAGCAGGUGCUACAAGAGGCCGAGCUGGCCAAGAAGAACGGGUCUACACGGUUCUGUCUUGGUGCUGCGUGGAGAGAGAUGAAGGGGAGGAAGUCGGCGAUGAAGCGGAUCGCAGAGAUGGUGACCAAAGUGAACGAGAUGGGCAUGGAGACGUGCGUUACGCUUGGUAUGGUGGACGAAACGCAGGCCAAGCAGUUGAAGGACGCUGGUUUGACCGCGUACAACCACAAUAUCGACACUUCGCGUGAGCAUUACCCAAAGGUUAUUUCCACUAGGUCGUACGACGACAGAUUGCAAACGAUCAAGAACGUGCAGAAUGCCGGGAUCAAGGCGUGCACCGGUGGUAUCCUGGGGCUUGGUGAGUCGCAAGAGGACCACAUCAUGUUUGUUCACACGCUAGCCAACAUGAACCCGCACCCAGAGUCGUUGCCUAUCAACAGAUUGGUCUCCAUCAAGGGUACUCCAAUGCACGAUGAGUUGAAGAAACUCGGCAGCAAGAAGCUCGAGUUCGAAGAAAUAUUAAGGACAAUCGCUUUGGCUAGAAUUACCAUGCCACAGGCUAUCAUUAGACUGGCAGCUGGCCGUUACACUAUGAAGGAAACCGAGCAAUUCCUAUGUUUCAUGGCUGGAUGCAAUGCCAUUUUCACAGGUAAGAAAAUGUUGACUACAAUGUGUUCUGGUUGGGAAGAAGACAAGGCCAUGCUGGCCAAAUGGGGUCUAACUCCAAUGGACUCUUUCUCAUACGGUGCCAAUGAGAGUCCAAAGGAAGAGCUUGCUGCCUCGGGUUGA